ACUGACAGACUUGCUUUCAAGUCCCGGAAUCGCAGGCAAGGCAGGCGAAAGCUGGACAGCAAUACAGGAGGGGAUUUGCUGUCCGUGUCCACAAAGUUCCAGCACGCUUCCUCUUAAUUCAAAGAACUCAAACGCAUAGUCAUAGAGAGGAUGAAUUAACGCUCGUCCUUUCUCCAUCUCAAUCCCUCUUUUGUCUCUCUCGCUCUGCAGUCGCUGUCAGUGCUCUGCCUGCUGCACCUCUGGCAUAAAUCACACGAGCUCCUCUGAUCCGCUGGGCCCCUGUUCAUGGUUUCGGAUUGUAACUUGGGCUAUCGAUCUGAAGAUGUCGACGUGAGUGUGUUUCUUUUCGGGGUCUAUGGAUUGCAAUGAAAGUUCGAAGUGGAGCAAUUGGGGAUUUGUGGCAGCGGAUGUAGAAUGGCAUUGAUGGAUUGACUGAUUCGAUUGCUGAUUCCAUUCGGAUCUUGAUGAAGCUCAGAAUAGGGAUUGAAUUGCGGUCGCGGUUUAGGGACAGGGAUUGGAGUUUGUGACGCUCGGGGUCUGGGUGGUGAUUAGAUUAUUGAGGACAAGUAGAGGUGGAAGAAGACGUUAGCGGGAGGAAGAGCAGGAGGGCAUCAUGGGGGUUUCUCAGCAGAGUCCGGACGACAGGGAGUUGAUGAAACUCGUGGAAGGAUAUUUUUUGUCGUCGGAUAAUGCUGUUCUUCUUGCCUUUCGUGUAGCUAAAAGUCAGGCAUCUUCAUGGCCCGUGGCCGGGCGUCGACAGAGGCUAACUACGAAACCUCGUAUUUUAACGCUCACUGCCAAGCGAUCCACCACGACGCAAAAAUUCAAGGUUAAGUUGCAGGUCUUGAAGCAAUCAGCAAAUAAUGAACUUCAGGUGGCGAAGGUUUACAAGUUGAAGCAUCUGAGCAAAGUAGAGGCAGUACCCAGCGACACCACUGGCUGCACCUUUCUCCUGGGCUUCGACAAUUUGAAAUCACAAGCAGUUGCUCCUCCUCAAUGGACCAUGCGGAGUCUGGACGACAGGAAUCGUCUCGUGACUUGCAUCUUGAAGCUGUGCAAAGAAAACCUUGGACGCCUUCCGAAAAUUGUGAAUCUGGACGUUGUCGAGAUGGCUUUGUGGGCCCAGGCAAAUGCUAAAGCCCUUCCUAUCGAUGGCCCGGUGCAACCAGCCCUUCAAGGUACAGCUGAAGAUGAAAAAAGUAGUGGGGUCAACGUGGAGAGAGAAAUGGUAUCGAAGGCCGAAGAAGAUGAUAUGGAGGCUCUUCUGGGCACGUAUGUUCUGGGUAUCGAUGAAGCAGAAGCAUUUUCCGAACGGUUGAAACGUGAAUUGACUGCUCUUGAAGCAGCAAACGUGCAUGCUAUCUUGGAAAGUGAGCCUCUGGUAGAGGAGGUCUUACAACAGCUUGAUGCCGCCACAACGAGUGUUGAGGAUAUGGAUGAGUGGCUUGGUAUAUUUAACGUGAAGCUCACACAUAUGAGGGAGGACAUAGAAUCGAUAGAAUCUAGAAACAACAGGUUGGAAAUGCAAGCUCAAAAUAACAGUGCUCUAGUGGAAGAAUUAAACAAACUUCUGGAACGGCUCCGUGUUCCCUCUGAGUACGCAAAUCUCCUUACAACGGGAGCCUUUGAAGAAGCCGCCAUGCCUGCAAAUGUUGAAGCUUGUGAUUGGUUGACUCAAGCUCUUCGUGGUCUGGAGCCACCAUUUCUGGAUCCGGUUUACGCGAAUAUGCGCGCGGUAAGAGAUAAACGCGCUGAGCUUGAAAAGCUGAAAGCAACGUUCGUGCGUCGAGCUUCAGAUUUCUUAAAAACCUACUUCUCCAAACUGGUGGACUUCAUGAUUAGUGACAAGUCUUACUUCUCACAGAAGGGACAGCUGAAGCGGCCAGACCAUGCUGACUUACGCUUCAAGUGUAGAAGUUAUGCACGCAUGCUGCAACAUCUGAAGAAUCUGGAUAAAAAUUCCUUGGGACCUUUGCGGAAAGCUUAUUGUUCUUCACUCAACCUCUUACUAAGACGAGAGGCUCGUGAAUUUGCGAAUGAACUUCGGGCAUCGACAAAAGUAACUAGAAGCUCAGGUGCUUGGAGUCUCGAGGGUUCGGGCGGUGGAUCCUUGGGGGGUAGUGGCUCUGAUACCUCGAAUGUGUCGGAAGCUUAUGCGAAGAUGCUACGAAUUUUCAUACCUCUACUUGUAGAUGAGAGUUCCUUCUUUGCGUCGUUCAUGUGCUUUGAGGUCCUACCUCUUGUUCCUCCUGGAACUAGUGGGGAGACCGCGGAUGAGGAUGAAGAUGACAUCAGUCCUCUGGACGAAGACGGAGCAGACCUCAAGCCUGCACAGCAAAAUCCUGUAGAGUUGGAGGCUCUCAAUCAAUCACUCCAGGAUUUGCUUGUUGGAAUCGAGGAGGACUUUUAUGCAGUAGUAGACUGGGCGUAUAAGAUCGAUCCUCUCCGAUGUAUAUCGAUGAUGGGAGUUACGGAGCGCUAUUUGUCUAGUCACAAAGCUGAUGCCGCUGGUUUUGUACGCCGUUUACUUGCAGAUCUUCAAAAUCGGAUCAGUCUCCAAUUCAACCGGUUUGUAGACGAAGCUAAUCUUCAGAUUGAGAAGCACGACAGAAGUAUCAGGCAGAUUGGAGUGCUGUCAUAUAUUCAAAGGUUUGCUUAUCUAGCUCAGCGGAUGGAGAGUCUCAUUCAGGGGAACUCCAGAGAGGUGGUUGAUUCUGCUUACAGAAAGCUGGUGGAGACAAUGUUUGCGGUGUUGGAGAGAAUUGCGCAAGUUGAUCCCAAGCACCAGGAUGUCUUACUCUUGGAGAAUUAUGCGGCUUUUCAGAAUUGUAUGUUCGACUUAGCCAACGUUGUUCCAACUCUGGGUCUGUACUAUCAGCAAGCUAGUGAAGCUUAUGAGCAGGCUUGUACUCGCUAUGUAAAUACAGUCAUCAACUACCAAUAUGAAAAGCUUUUUCAAUUUUCUCAAAGAGUCGAGAACUUGCUGUACACAAUACUACCUGAGGAGGUUCCAUUUCAAAUGAAUUUCUCGAAGGCCGAAAUGCGGAAGACUGUCAACGGAAGUCUUAAAGGGGUAGAGAAGGCCUUGAGGGAUAUGUACAAACGCAUGCAAAAGCACCUCACAUCCGAAGAGCUCCUUCCUUCUCUUUGGGAGAAAUGCAAGGAAGACUUUUUGGACAAGUAUGAGAGUUUGGAGGCCCUCAUCGUGAAGUGCUAUCCAAAAGAGUCUCUCAGUCCUUCGUCUGCCGAAAUGAAGGAGCUUUUAAAGAAUGUAUAGAAGCGUCUUAGAAGUAUCCGCACAUGAAAUAUCUCGGGUUUUUGUAAAACCCUUUCAGGAUUCGGGAGGUGGUAGGCACAUGAAAGAUAACAAUUCGGAGAUUGCAAACUAUGUCUCGGACAAAUAUAUCCCCUGGUAGUCAUAGAUGGUUUUCCUGUGUUGGAGUUAAAAAUCAUAAGAUAUCUCCCUACGUUUCAGGUAUCAGGAGAUUUCAUUCUUUAGGUCCCCCAGUUUUAGGAUCUCAUUUUCGAUUAGAAAGUUCUCAUACAAGAUUGGUUGUCAAGGUCACUUUUAGCAGGUGUUUAGUAGCUGUAUUCAAGAAAUAGGUUCGUAGGUUUGGGUUAUAAAGAAUUGCUAUUAGGUCUCCUUCAAUUGUGUUGUCAAUCAAUUUUUUAAUAUCACCAAAGUGCAGACUAUGAGUCCGAUGUUGGUUCGAAAAGAAAUAAUGGAUUACAUACCAUUCUUUUCCGAUUCCGAGCAGAGAUUCCAUGGCUUCAGAUGCGAAUGAGACGGUGUCAGUGAAUUUUCGGAAGGGUGGCUUGUUACAUAGAACCAAAUGUGGGCUGUGAACAACUUUGUCUGACAGAAGUCAGGGCGCAUGCAGAGUGACAGAAUCAGUGUAACUCAUGCACCGCGUUGUCAGAUUAACGUACUUGACCAGCACUUUCCUGGAAAGAAGUUAAGUUUCUGUCUAUCUAUCGUUCUGGGAUAUGGAAGCAUAUCCCAGAACGAAUUCUACAAGUAGGACCAUCUUGCAAUUUGGUACAUCCAAAUUGAUGUGAGUUGACUUCAACUUCACUGUAAGUAUAAACCCCAGCAACGAAUCUCCAUUGAAAGUAGGACAGCAGUUCUGCCUGGUGACUUGGUUCACGAAACUAGUUUUUAGUUUUACACCUAAGUCAUGCCACUCAAUUCUAGUAUGUGAAGGGUCACCGAAUGUAAUAUCAGUUCGACGCAGAUGUUCACAAUUGUUCAGUUCUUACUCAGAUUUGAAAUACGUUCCGCAAGGAAGAGUGACUAAAAGUCGGUAGGGAACGGGGAAGAGAAGGCAGGAGGAAGUACUAGCACUGUCGCUCGCAUUAAAUGCUUACAAGAUUAUUGUGCACCGCAUGUUUCCAACUGUUCACAUUUAAAGCUACUAAAUUUGUACCAAUUUCCAAAGCUGGCGAGAAAAUUUAUAGUACAAGUAGGAGAGCGAAAAGACGGGAAGACCCAAAGAUGAAACGAAUCAUUUAUUUUGAUCCUUAUCCGUUUUUAUUUCAGAUUAAAAUAGCCUGUACAAACCCCCAAGCAGUGCAGCAGUAUUGGGUUAGGAUCCAAUAGCAUGAGUAAAUAUGUCCAACUCCACUUACAUUGUAUUAUACUAUCAAAGAUAGC